UCUCCGUCCCCCUCCCCUCUCUAUUUGGGAUACCCAUGUGGGGCAGCCCCAUGGGCUCUGCCGGGGUCCCCCUGCUGCUGCUGCUGCUGCUGCUGCUGCUGGUGGGGGCGCUGUGCCGGAUCCCCGGAAGCGAAGGGGGGAAGGAGCCCCCCGCCCAUUUCCUUCAUCAGGUGAAGUGGGAGUGCCGCUUCCUGAACGGGACGCAGCGGGUGCGCUACCUCGAGAGAGGCAUCUACGACCGGCAGGAGACUGACCGCUUCGACAGCGACCUCGGGAAGUUCGUGGCCGUGACCGCGUUGGGGCAGCCCGAUGCCGACUAUUGGAACAGCGAUAAGGCCCUCCUGCAGUACAAGAGGGCCGCUGUGGAUCGCUUCUGCCGACACAACUACGAGGUGUACAACUACCAGGCGGCCAAGACGAGGCGUCUGAUUGGCCGGAGAGCCAAGCCCACCGUCACCAUCUCCCCCACCAAGGCGGACCCCGCGUCCCCCAACACCAUCCUCCUCUGCACCGCGACGGGCUUUUACCCCCUGGAGAUCGACAUCCGGUGGCUGAAGAACGGGCGGCCGGAGAAGGAGGGCGUCGCCUUUGGGGAAGAGCUGCAGAACGGAGACUGGACCUACCAGCGCCAGGUGAUGCUGGAGACCCGGCCCAAGCGGGGGGACGUCUACGCUUGCCAGGUGGGGCACGCCAGCCUGGAGGCCCCCGUCACCGUCCAGUGGGAGCCACGUUCCUCCAACUCUGCCAGGAGCAAACUCUGGACGGGGGCCGUGGGGGCCGUGCUGGGGGUGGCCUUCCUGGCUGUGGGGCUCUCCCUCUACCUGAAGAGCAAGAAAGCACUCAUGAGUUAAUCCUGCUAUCGCUUCCUGCUGUCAGAUGCAAAAGGAUGUUUUUUCAGGAGCUGAUGAAUUUCUGCCUCUUUUGCAACCCUUGAAGGGUGGAAGUUCGAGGCGGUGGGUUGGCGAGAGGAGGAGAAUCGCAGCCUGGACCUUCCCCUGCCAAGACCCA